AUGCCCUCGCCUCUACCUCCUCCCUCCAAGCCCUCCCGCUCUAUAGGUCAGCGGCUUGACCAUGCCUGUCUCAACCUCACGCCGUCCUUCUUCACUCUCAAUAUGGGCACCGGCAUCACCUCAAUCCUGCUCUAUAACUUCCCAUACCCGGCGGCGUGGUUGCGCAUACUGGGCACCGUCAUCUUCGUCCUCAACAUAUUGGUCUUCCUGCUACUCAUAGCUGGGAAUCUGGGGCGGUAUACUCGAUACAAGGGGCUCUUCACAGCGACUAUGGCGCACCCAGUCGCGGGCAUGUUCUGGGGAGCUUUGCCGAUGGGUUUUGCGACCAUUGUUAACAUGGUUGCGUACGUCUGUGUACCAGCAUGGGGGUAUCAGUGGGCCCAGCUUGCACUCGGCCUUUGGUGGAUUAUGGCUCUUCUGUCGGUACUGGUCAAUCUGGGAAUGCUCUUUGCCAUGUAUCUAAUGUUCGGGUUCACUCGGCAAAACCACACCUUCGAGAGCGUCGCCGCGGUUUGGCUGCUCCCCAUCGUAUCCUCGGUCGUCGCGGCCGCAUCGGGCGGGGUAGUCGCAGCGGCCAUCAUGCCUUUCUCGCCCUCUCUCGCAUCGAGCACCAUCGUGGUGUCGUACAUCAUCUGGGGAACGGGCGUACCCAUCGCCUGCUUCAUCAUCACCCUCUGGCUUUACCGUACUGUCGUCGGCGGUGUCCCCGGUACAGCCGCCCUCCCCAGCAUGUUUCUCCCGCUCGGUCCCUGCGGGCAAGGGAGUUUCGGCAUCAUUCUCCUCGGUCGCACCGUCCGUGAGCUCGCCUAUGAUCACAAUGUCGGUUUCGCUAUCUCUCCCUCCUCCUCGACGGCCUCCACCUCCUCCCUCAUCAUCGCCGACGCUAUAUACGCCGGCGGACUCAUCACCGGCCUCAUCCUCUGGGGCCUCGGCCUCUGCUGGUACCUCCUCGCGCACGCCGUCAUACUCGGUCACGUCCUACAACGGCCAAAUCGCAACUUCUUUUCCCACUCUCGCUUCUCGGUCGGUUUGUGGGCACUCACUUUCCCCAUCGGCGUCUUUGCCACUGCUACCAAUAUUUUCGCGACCGAGCUGGACUCCUCGGCUUUCCGGGUCAUCGGCGCGUUCCUCUCGGUCCAGGUGGCGUUGAACUGGGUGUACGUGUCGGUAUUUACACUGUACAAGGUGGGAAAUGGGAGCAUCUUCGUCGCUCCCGAGGUUGCCGCUAUGGGCGGCAAGGUGCCGAGGCGGUUUGGGGGAGAUGGAAGGGACGUGGAGAAGCAGUAG